AUGACGCCUAUACCUCUCGGAGAGCACCGUAGAGUAGUCCAACCUACACGCCGCAUCGCAGCACUCCGAGAUUCGCGGGCAAGCUUCUCCCACGACAAGUAUCUUGCAACUCUCGACCUUGAACGUUUGAACACUCGAGCAAGUAUCUCUCCCUCCUUAUCAACGCACCAACACCAGCGCCGGCCCAGCAAGUACCGAGAACAGACCCCAAGACCACGAACACCUCCCCCAGCUCUUCCGAAUUCUCCACAUGGGCUCGCGGAUCCCGCGCGCGCCACCAGUCACCCACGACAACGCCCGUGCCCCCCGCUCCCGGGCAUCGCAUUGCCCCCUUCCGCUCCUCGCGAACUCGCGAACCGCCUCUUCUCCCCUUCUCCCCUUCUCCCCUUCUCGCCCUCAUUAAUCGCCACGCCGUCUCCCGCCGCACCUCGUUCCGGCACACGCCCAUGA